GUGUCAUCCUCGGGUGGACAUAGUAAAGUCCAUUUGGUAUUCUGGUUGAAAACUGGUGCGAGAGCAACAAGCCAAGUUUAAAGACUGGACAUUUUAUUAUAAGGUAAAGAAACAUGGCCCAGGACAUACGUGACAUCAUGAAGGAUACAGCAGUGGUGGCAGACCUAGCAAAGACUGCCAAAGACGCAGCACUUUUGAAUGGUGUACUAAUGAGAACAAAAGAAGCUCCCAACUCAUCAGAGUUGGUUACGUACGCGCCCUUCACCCUCUUCCCCACACCUGUGCCUAAAGCUGUGUUCCAGCAGGCUCUGGACGUACAGACGCACUACAACAGUCUAGUUGAUAAAAUCAGCCAAAACGCAGAUUUCCUACAGGAGGCACUGGCCAGCACUGUAGAAGUGGAUGAUUUCACAUCAAGAUUGUUUAAAAUCCACAAACAAAUACUGAAGGAAGGCAGUUCUCAGUCUGUAGUGCUGGGUCUGAACCGCUCAGACUACAUGCUGGACCAAAAGGAAGAUGGGUCUUCUGCACUCAAACAGAUUGAAAUCAACACAAUUUCUGCCAGUUUUGGAGGUUUGUCUGCAGGCAUUGUCUGUGUACACAAACAUAUUCUAAAAGUGGCUGGGCGUUUGGAGGACAGCAUGGCCAUUCUGGACAACAACCCAGCAGCUGGUCUGGCCAGAGCCAUCGCCAAGGCCAAGGAGCUGUAUAGAUCAGUCAGAGCUGUGGUCCUGAUCCUAGUGUCUGACACUGAAAGAAACAUUUAUGAUCAAAGAUGUGUCGAAAUGGAACUGAUGAAGCUAAAUAUUUUCACAAUCCAAAGAACAUUUGAAGAUGUGCAUGCACGAGGCUCACUGGAUAAGGAGAAAAGGCUUUUUAUAGAUGGCAUGGAGGUCGCUGUGGUGUAUUAUAGAAACGGUUAUGUCCCUCAGCAGUAUAAAUCGCAACAGGACUGGGACACUCGGCUGAUGUUGGAGCGCUCCUCAGCUAUAAAAUGUCCAGAUAUUGCCACUCAUUUGACUGGAACCAAGAAAGUGCAACAGGUGUUGGCCCAGCCAGGAGUUCUGGAACGGUUCUUUCCCAAUGAACUCCAAGUGGUUGAACAGAUCAGAGCCACCUUUGCCGGCCUCUACACUCUGGACAUGGGCCUAGAAGGAGAUAAAACUGUUGCGAUGGCCUUGCAAGAUCCUGAGCGAUAUGUGUUAAAGCCUCAGAGAGAAGGAGGAGGCAACAACAUUUAUGGAUCAGAGAUCUGCAAGGUGCUUCAGGAGGCAAAGGGUUCAGACAGGACAAUGUAUAUUCUAAUGGAUAAAAUUAAACCUACGCCUUCACACAACUACCUCCUGAGACGGGACAGUCCACUCACUAUUAGCAACUGUCUAAGCGAGCUCGGGGUGUUUGGAGCUUAUGUCAGACAGGGAACAGAGAUGGUGAUGAAUGAGCAAGUAGGACAUCUGCUGAGGACUAAAAGUUCAGUCCACGCGGAUGGAGGUGUGGCAGCUGGAGUAGCAGUGCUUGACAAUCCCCUGCUCUACUGAAACAUCUGAGCUGAUGCUCAUACAGCCUGUAUAUUGACAUCAACAGUGUUUCAGGCCACUGUGCUAAGUCCUGUUUAAUGGUCCUGUUUGAUUUGAACACUCUGAAUAAGUCUUGGAUGUUUUUGAUGAAUACAAAGUAUAAAACAAAGCUUAAUCAGAUAUAUUUUAUUCAAGUGUUUGCUAUUGUUAUUGUUUAUAAAGUGGGGCUUUUAUUUUAUUUAUUUCAUUCAUAAAAUAUAAAAAGACAAACAUUAAUAGUGUUGUAAUGUUAAACAUACAAAAAAAUGAAUGAAAAGGAGCAGAAAGAAGAGGAAUCUUAUGUUAUCUGCCCCAUUUUCCAGACAAUACUUUUACACUGAUCAUUACAUUAAAACAUUUCAGUACAUUUCAUUUAAAGCACAAACAUUAAUCCAUUGCAAAAGAUAUCUGCACUUUUAUAAGCAACAACUUAGUUUUCCUUUUCAUACUGACUUAAUGAGCUGUUUUUUUUUUUAAUGUAUUUCUUAAAUGCCAUUAUUGUUCUCAAUUCUUUGAUUUCUUUGUCAAGACUAUUUCCAUAAAUUAACCCUUUCACAGCAAUGCUUCAUUCCAUACCCUUGGUUCUGAAUCUGUUUUUUUCUUUUAACACAUAUGUUUCUUUUAGAUUGUAGUCAUUUGUUCUUUUCUCAAAGAAACAUCUUUGAAUGUUUACAGGUAAUACAUUGCACUUUGUUUAAGUCAACAGUAUGAUGACUUUUCAAUACUUUAGAUUUGAUAAAUAAUGGGUCAGAUGGUAAUCAGUGAUUGUUGAUUGGUGAUAACUCUCUAGGUCCUUUUCUAUAGAAUAAAUAAUUGCUGUAGGGACAUUUUACAAAUUGAACCCCAAAUUUCUGCACAGUACAUCAAAUAUAGUACAAUUAUAGAGUUUUAUCAUGAAAAUAAUGAAGUACUGUUUAAAGAGAACUUCACUUUAUGCAACACAGUGAUGGCUUUGGAAAUUUUGCCAUUAGUGUAAUUUGUAUGAGCCCCCCAGUUUAAACUUUCAUCAGUCAUAACUCCUAAAAAAAAUUGUUUCCUUUACCAUUUGAAUUUUUACCCCAUCUAUUUCUAAUAUUGUCUUUUUUUCUUUUUCUUUUUCUUUUCAUUAAACAAAAUAAAACUUUUUUUUUUUUUUUUUUUUUUUACUUUCAGAAUCAAUCCAAGUAAAUCAAACCAAUGUAUAAUUUUUUUAGCUCUUCAUUUACUGUAUUUGUGACAGUUUUUCCAGAAUAACAAUAAAUUACUUCUAAGCAUCUGCAUUGCUUUGUGCACUGU